AUGAGCGCUUCAUCCUCCGCCUUGCCACCCUUGGUACCAGCACUUUACAGAUGGGAGUCAACUGGUCCUCGUCAGGUCCAACGCCGGUGUGUCGGUGCUGAGGCAAUUGUUGGACUGGAAGAGAAGAACAGAAGAUCUCUAUACGAUCUUUUCAUCGCUACUUCUCUUCGGAAUGUUGCACCAGCCUCAACAACGCUGACUUUGCGAAACCUCAAAGACAUGUUCGAGCUGGCUUUGGUAGAGGGACGUUUCGAGCACCCCGAAAGUGCUUGUACAGUAUCUUGGGAUGAUCAAGUAGCUGCCAUCAUCUCCUACGAAUCACCAGAGAGCGACGAAUCUGUUCGUGAUUGGGCUAGGGGUUGCGUUCAUGUACAACCUACCGCAAAGAGUGCUAUUGACCUUUGGACGGAGAUGGAGGAAGGAAGAGCGGCAGCCAAGGAUAACACACCAUCCAAGCCGAUUGAGCUCUUCCUGCUUUCAGAUGUCCCUACAGACUCGACACCAAUCCCUCAAGGCGCGACCGUCGAUAUCUUGUUUCACAGCAAUCAUUUGUUCUGGGACGGAAUCGGUUGUCGAAAGUUUAUCGGGGACCUCUUUCGCCUCGUGGGCAAUCACAUUGGCCUUAGCGACAGCGCUGAGACGCACAAGAUACAAUGGGGCCAAGAGAUCAAGAACCUGAGCCCUCCAGUCGUCGACUCGCUGAAGUUGGACAAAAGCCGAGGUAUGAAAUUUCGACCAGGGCUCGCUUUGCCUCGUUGUGCUAUUUACAAACUCAGUGCCGACGACUCCAUUGCCAUAAUCAAGGCUGUGAAGACUCGCCUUGGCCCUGGCUAUACCAUCAGUCAACUGACCCAAGCUGCCAUCAUACUCGCUCUGCUGGACCAUCUCAAGCCUACUGAUCUUUCAGACGACGAAUUCUUCUUAUCACCAACAUCAGUAGAUGGUCGCAAGUGGCUGCGUGAGGAUAUAGCCAGCAAAUACUACGCCAUGUGUCAGACUGCUGCUGUUGUUCGCGUCGAGAAUCUGAAGUCUAUUGCAGUGAGCCACAAGGAUGAAAAAGAGAUUCAAGUCAAAGCUCUAGAGAAGGCUUGCAGGGAUAUCAAGAAAUGUUACGAUCAAUGGCUUGGAAAUCCGUUCCUGGAGGCUCUGGGCCUCAGAGUCCAUAACUUCGAGGCCGGUUAUUUGAACGCCAAACCAAAUCCGUUCGAAGGGACAGAAGCAAACCCGUUGUUCAUCAGUGACGGUGUCAACGAACGCUUCAUUCCGCGCGAAAUCAAGCGAACUACAACAGGCGAGGACGUGUUGUCCGUUGAGAGCAUAGACUUUGUUGUGAACCAGUCUUUGCCAUAUCUGGCAAUCCGACUGGACAGUUGGAGAGAUGCUUCCACCCUCAACAUCAUCUAUAAUGAUGCAAACUACAACGAGGAAGAGGUACAGACGUAUUUGAAGAGUAUUGUAGAGUUCAUGUUGGCAUUCAAACUGUAA